AUGGUGAGCAAACGGACUAUCCCUUUUGGCGGCAAGUCGGGGAUCUUGCCCAAACAACGGCCGGUGUUCAAACGGUUCCCCAUUCGUCCUCCCACUGAAGCCGAGAUCGCUGAGGAAGCGAAGCACGAGCAAGGUUAUAAGGGCGUGCCUGUUCCCAAACGUCGAGGGUUUAAGUUCGAGGAACUGCCGCUGCUGAAGCCAGUUCUUACCGUCGAAGAACGUAUCAAACGGUUUAUUGACGACCGGGCUCCCACCAACGUGGACGAAUCCAAGCUUUCCCAGGACGAGCUUUGGGCUUUGAAGCGAGAUGAGAUCCGCCGUCAACACUUGAAAGAUGCUUACGUCAAAGAGGCCGAACGGUUGCAGAAGCUAGAUCUGCGCAAAGAAAGAUUGGCCAAGGAAAAAGCAGCGAAGGCUCAAGAAAACCAACAUGUUGAAGACUCGCUGCUGGUGAACGUCAAUUUGCCGACCAUUUCUCAAUACCUCAAAGGCCCCCUCAUGAGACAACGUACUCCUGAGGAAAAGGAAAUUUUACAACUGCAACGUACCUUAAACCGCAAUGUUGAUGAGCUUGCCGUCAAGGAAGCCAAGGCUACGUCCUUGUUGGAUUUGUACCAUGCUGCUGGUAACUUCAUUACUACUGAGGAAGAAUUGGCCAAGGCCAUUGAGGAAAAGUUCUUCGUCGAAAUUGACCACGAGAACCGGGUUUCCAACAUCAAGACCGCCUUAAAGAAAGCUAAGUCCACCGGUAAGGGAUCCAUGGAUGUCAACCACCAGUUGGUUACGGACGCUGCCAUGGGUACCAUUAAUGGUCAACCCGGGCUUGAUGAAAUUAAGCUUGCUUUGAGUGGUGAAGGUGAACAGUUGAAGCGGACUGCUCAACUCAAGAACAACGAGACGAAGGCCCUUUAA